UCGAGCAGAACCAGACGAACGAGACAGACCUCGCUGUCCGAUUUCACGACGUUCCCGACGAGAAGAGAAACGUCUCGAAGAAUCCAGAAGAAUCGAGCUAGUACACGUCUUUUUGUUCGUCGUUGUUCUUUUUGUAUUUAAAGUUUGACGCGCCUCAUGGACCGGCAGAAACGUAGAAACGCGUUCGGAAACAAUUGGAUGGCGAUCGCGACGGUGGUCGGACUGAUCUGUCUGAACGGGAUCGUGUCCGCGCGGCCCGCCGACGACAGAGGCACGCGUGAAAGUAGGACUGCUCUCAGCUACGACCAUCCACUGAGCCUCGCGAACACAGAAGAGAAAGACAUGAUCGGCCAGGCGAAGGAAGAAUUAUCAGGAAUCCUCAAGGAGCGACACAAGCGAUUUUCGGAUCAGAGGCGGGCAGAGCUGGAGACGCUGAUGGUACUUACGGGGAAAUUGAUGAACAUGAUCAGGGCAGUCCGUCAGCUAGAAUCGGCAAGAUUUGUUCUCGAUCUCUUUGUCCGUGGCUUUAUCAGCGAUCGACACAAGCGAGCGGUCUUCGACCUGAACAUGAAGAACCUUCAGAAGCUCUUCCGUUUAUCCGGAAGACUGGGUCUCAAGGGAAACGCGGCGUAUCCCGUUAUCAGCUGAGGUAUCGGAGCGACGCAAAAACAUUCGGACGAGCGAAUCGAUUCAAGGUGACGUACCAAGAAGAAAGAGAUUGAUCUUGGCAAAAAGAAUUUUCGCGUUUCGAUUCGUCCAAUUCGACCAAUCACCGAUUUGGCCUUUUCAUUGAAAACCAUCACUCUCUCCUGGGUCUCUCCAAAGGAUUCACGGACAUUAUUAUUUAUUUAUAUAUAUUAUUUAUACGUGUACACCGUAUCGUGGCGAAAAAUUGACUACUAAACUAGUUUCGUGUAAGAUAUUCUCUAGUAUUCUUUUUAUACUUUGACAAUAAAUUAAAGAUCGUUGAAUGACGGACUUUACUAUUUAGAAAGAUAAUUACAACUUCGGAUACAGAACGGUUCUUCGUUUGGUACCGUUGGCCCAAGCGAAGAACUACGAAGGUCAGAACGUCUGUACCUCAAAUUGUACUCCGAUUAAUAAAUUCCGAUUAAUAAACGAACGAAAAACAAA